AGAGCUGAAGGUGAAGAUGCUCGGGGGCGUGGAGUUCCGGGUGCCCUUCCAGGGAGCCAUGCUGGGGCAGGAGCUGAAGCAGCAGGUGGCCCUGGAGGCCGGCGUCCCCGCCUUCCAGCAGCGCCUGGUCCUGCAGGCCACCGGCGCCGCGCUGCGCGACGGGGAGCCCCUCGCCCGCCAGGGCCUGGGCCCCGACAGCACGGUGCUGCUGGCCGUGCAGCCGUGCGACACCCCGCUCAGCAUCCUGGUGCGGACCAGCGGGGGCCGCAGCCGCGCCUACGAGGUCCUGCCCACGCAGACGGCCGCCCAGCUCAAGCAGGAGGUGUGCCGCCGGGAGGGCACAAGCGCCGACCAGUGCUGGCUGAGCUUCCAGGGGACGCCCAUGGAGGACACGCAGCUGCUGGGGGACCUCGGCCUCACGCCCCAGUGCACCGUGCACUUGAACCUGCGCCUGCGGGGCGGGGCGCCCCACACCGCCCCAGCCCCUGACCUGCCUGUGUAAUAAAAGCCGAGGCAGAGCCCAGAGGUGCCGGCCCUGG